UUAAGCUAUUCACAAUGGAUAGGUCGAGCUCACUCUUUUCAUUUGCUAAACGAAAACGCAAUUCAAUGCCCUCUCUGCAACAGAAAUUGCUAGAUGAAGAAAGCCUUGCUCAAUCACAACCAAACACACACUUUAGAAAGCCUGGAUGGAAAGCCAUGCCUUACAUUCUAGGAAAUGACACAAUUGAGAGGCUAGCAACAUAUGGAAUGCAGGCGAAUUUUGUGGUGUAUUUGAUGAAAGUGUAUAACAUGGAUCAGGUUCUUUCAGCAAACAUUUUGAACACAUGGCUCGCUGUCUCCAACAUUACUCCUCUGAUCGGAGCCUUUUGUGCUGAUGCCUACUUGGGAAAGUUUCGAACAAUCGCCCUUGCAUCUUUUGCCAGCCUUGUGGGCAUGGUUACUGUGAUGCUAACUGCUUGGGUGCCACAAUUUCAUCCUGCACCAUGCUCCAUUGAGCAGCAACAGAGUGGUGUGUGCCGAGGCCAAUCAAAUUUUCAAAUGGGUGUUUUAGUUUUUGGUCUUUUCUGGUUAUCUAUUGGUUCUGGUGGAAUAAGGCCUUGCAGUGUUCCCUUUGCCGUUGAUCAAUUCGAUUUGACCACUGCUGAGGGAAGACAUGGAAGUAGCACCUUCUACACUUUGUACUACACCACACAGACACUGGUCAUGUUGAUAAACCAAACUGUUUUGGUUUAUAUCCAAGAUUCUGUUAGUUGGACCCUUGGUUUUGCACUGCCCGCUCUGUACAUGAUUGUUUCAAUCCUUUUUUUCUUUGCUGGCUUCAAAGUUUAUGCCUAUGUUAAGCCUAAAGGAAGCAACUUUUCUGGCAUAGUUCAAGUGCUAGUUGCAGCACAACACAAGCGUCAUUUUCAUCUGGACACACAAGCAUCACUUUAUGAUCCACCACUCCAAAAUGAUUCAGAAGGAAAGCUGCUUCUUACAAAUGAUUUUAGAUGUUUAAACAAAGCUGCUAUAGUGAUGGAGAAUGAAUUGGACAAUGAUGGAUUGAACAAAAACCCUUGGAGACUAAGUAGCAUCCAGCAAGUGGAAGAGCUGAAAUGCUUGCUGAAAAUCAUGCCGAUAUUCGUAACCAGCAUCAUAGUCAACAUUCCCUUAGGACAACAAGCAAUAUUUGGAGUAUCACAAGCCAUGAAAAUGGAUAGGCAUUUGGGACACAACUUUGAGAUUCAUCCUGGCUCGAUAAACGUGAUAAUGUUGCUGUCAAUAGGAAUAUUGCUCCCAUUCUACGAUCGAAUUGUUGCUCCUGCACUGGAGAAAGUGACCAAGCAAGAAGGGGGACUCACACCCCUUCAAAGGAUUGGAUUUGGACAUGCUUUUGGUUUUCUAUCAAUGGUGGUUUCAGGGUUGGUGGAGAUCAAGAGAAGGGAAUUGGCCAUUUCUUCUGGUGCAUCUAUAUCAGUGUUGUGGCUAGCUCCUCAGUUCAUUCUUCUAGCAUGUUGCCAUGUUUUUGCAACAGUUGGCCACACUGAGUUUUUCAACAACGAGUCCCCCGAGGGCUUGAGAAGUGUUGCAAAUUCAUUGCUAUGCCUCAAUGUUUCAGCUGCUAGCAACUUGAGCAGCUUCAUAGUAAACAUUGUUCAUUCUUUCACUGGGAAGCAGGGUAAACCAGAUUGGCUUGAUGGAGACAUUAACAAGGGCAGAUUAGAGAACUUCUAUUUCGUGGUUGCGGCAUUUGGAUUGUUCAACAUGUUAUGUUUCAUAGCAUGUUCUCGUAAAUAUCAUUACAAGGUCCUUGUGAAGAACAACAUGAUGGACAAAACUUGAUUCUUUCGAUGUUGUUGGUGUUGUUCUUUCAUUGUAUUUGAAGUUUCAUUUCAGCAAGUAUAGCUAUCUAUUAAAUAAUAGGUAAUAUUAUAACUCCAAUUCUGUUUAUACCAACGA